UCGGGUGCAUCUUUCCGACUUGUCAACUGCCAUGUGCUUAUUUUGGAUUAAAAAGUGAAUUAAACACCGUUUUUUAAAAAAAGAGUGAAUUUAAAAUAUUUUGAGUAAUAUGGAGACAGAAAAUUUUCCCCGAGGAGGGAAAAAAAUUCAAGGCAAUGGUGAACAGACGAAACGAAAACAUGAGGAAAGUUUGUUCAAAAUUGCAAAACCACCAAAAGCAAAAAAGGCCCGGAAAGAGGUUGUACCAAGAAAAGAAAAAAUUACUGAAGACUUGUGGCAAGGUUCGAUAAAAUUACAAGGGACUUUAACAUACGAUAGGGUACAAGACGGAAUGGUAGUUCUAGCUUGCAUAAGACGCUUUUCGAAUUUGUCUGUGCAAGUGGAAUUUCCUGGCCUUACUUACGGGGCUGUGGCUAUCAACAACAUUUCAGAUGUAUUUACCGCCUCAAUAACAAAAGAACUGAAAGCAAAUAAUGAUUUAUCAUGUAUAAACUCUGUCAGAGAUAUGCUUUCUGUGGGACAAUUAAUACCAACAAAAAUAUUAUCUGUUAAUAAAGAAGAAAAGGGCCACAAAAUUCAAGCAAGCAUAAAUCCAAGAGACGUAAAUGCUGGCCGAAUACAUUCUUCAUUUAAAAAAGGCGCACUAAUAUGGGCUAACGUAGUGUCUAAACUUGAUCAUGGCUACGAAUUAACAAUAGGUGUGAACAAUUGCAGAGUCUUUUUACCUUUCAAAAAUACUGAUGAGUCGAAAAAUUACGUACUGGGAGAGCCUUUAUUCUGUGUAAUACACAAAGUAGUGAGUUCCAACAGUGCAACAACUUUGUCAGUCAGCGCAAAACACGAUCAUGUUCAUAGAGCUCUAAUGCAGGAUGAUCUAAGCAUUAGCGAUCUAAUUCCAGGGAUGAAAGUGGAUUUUUUUGUUGAAGAGAUAUUGCCUCAUGGAAUUAAGGGGCAAUUGGCAGAAAACUGCUACGCUUAUGUGGAUGAAACUUUCACAUUUUCACGGAUUAAAAAGGAAAGAAUCAAGGAAGGAAAAUCUAUACCAGCGUAUGUCUUGUUCGUGGAACCUGUUACUAAAGUAACAUACCUUUCAUUGCGUGGUCUUGAGAAAUUACCUGAGCCAGAAUUGACCAUCGGUCAAGUUUGUUCGGCCCAAAUUUUGUACAACGUGCCCAAAGGCUUAUAUUUGCAAUUGAACCAAACUGAAACGGGUUUUAUUUCGAACAAGCGUCUUUUGAAAACCUUGCCCAAAGGGGCAGAUGUAGACAUUGUCAGCGCCAUACGAAAAAAAUAUCCGAAUGGUAGUCGGCACCAAUGUCGUGUCUUGGACUACAAUCACAUGCAGCAGUUGUAUAUUUGCACAUUUGAAAAGCAAGUAAUUAAGGAAAAAAUAUUCACUGUCAGUGACUUAAAAAUAGGACAAGCAGUGACGGCACAAGUGACUAAAGUGGUUACAAAUGGCUUGAUUACCAAAGUGGGGCAUGUGCAAGGGUUUGUGCCAAAUUUGCAGCUGUCAAAUGCUAAGUUCACCCAAAAUAUUAAAGCGAAAUUUACGGUUGGGAUGACUGUAAAUGCGAGAGUUUUAAAUAUCACGGACGGGAAUGUAAUUCUCACACUAAAGCAAGGUUUAGUGGAGUCUGACAAGUGUUUAGCGACACUUGAACAGCUUAUCCCUUGCUCUCAAUAUGUUGGUUUCGUCGUUCAAGUGAAAGUAGCAGGGGCGCUGGUUGCGUUUUAUGGAGAUAUUAAAGGUUGGAUCAGCAAUAGAGUCUUGAACCAUGCCAGUUCUGGGCAUUAUUUGGAUCCACGUGAAUAUUUUUUUAUAGGACAAGUGGUGACUGUGUGGGUUUUGGGGAUCAAAAAUGAUAAGCUACACUUGUCGUUGAAUGCGCCAAAAGGACAAAAUAAACACAAGAUAAAAAUUGGACAAACUGACAAUGGUUCAGUUACAAAGAUUCAUUCCGAUGGACUUGAUGUGAAACUUUCAAAUUAUGAAGUUAAAGCCACUAUUCCGUUGGCACAUUUGAGUACGAAUUUAAGUUUGUGUCCUGUUUUAUUAAGAUCUUAUCAAGUAGGACAAGAGAUAGAAAAUAUCAUAUGCAUUAAAAAUUCUGGUGUUGCACCUGUAAUGAGUAGAAGAGAAUUUAUCGAAUUAAAAAAUCAAACAUCCAACAAACAUGCAAACAAAAUUCCGAAAUAUCGCCACUUGAGAAAGGGGGCGUUUUUAAGAUGCUCAUUUGAAGGAGUUGGAGACGGCGGAAUUUAUGUCUCCAGCCCUAUACAAGAUUAUCACGAAAACAUAUUCGUAGCAAAUGAUAACAUAAAUUACAAGCAAGGAACGUUACCCGAAUUUGAAAAACAACAGUCUAUUAUUGCAAAAAUUGUAAACCUAGAAGCUGGUAUCAAAAAAAUUGAGUUGUCCAUUGAUUGUCAAAAUAUGGUAAAUCCAAGCCUAAUUGAUUCUUUAAAUACACUGAGCGCAACACUUGAAGAUUUAAGUUACAUUUUAGAGCUUCGCAGCCAACAAAACGAUAAACUUACUGAGUAUAAAAUCGGUCAACGAGUGAAAUGUAAGGUAAAAAAUGUGGAUGAAGACGGAAAUGAAAUCGCAAUUUUACCAAACGGUGUUGAGGGUAGAGUUUCCACUUAUUUAAGCACAUCAAAUGCGAAAAUUGGUUCGGUUGUGGAGGGCGUUGUUUUGGAUUACAAUUUUGACGAAAACUACGUCUAUAUUUGUUCGAACAACGCUCUUAAAGAAAAAAUCAACAAGGUACAAGAUGGUGUGAUUGCGAAACCUUUUGGCUCGUCUUCUGUGGCAAAAGUAUUGUUAAUUACAAAGUUUUACGUAUUGGGGGUUUUGAAACAUACUCAAUUCAACAAGCAGUUGGUAUAUUUACCCCUCUUUGAAAAUGCUGUUUGUGGAAAACAAAUAAAAGUUGUUGUCGAUAGAAAUGCGGGAAAUAAAAUCGUAGGGCUGUUGAAAAGAUUCGUAUUGUCUUUAAAAAAAGAAACUAAACUACAAGCAAAAAAACUGCAAAAAGGGAAGAAAGUUGAAAAGACUGUUGAAAAAGAGAAAUGCAUCCAGGAAGAGGAAAAUGAUGUGGAAGAGGACAGUGAUGAAGAAAUUGUGAUUGAAGAAGAAGCUCUGAGCGAUGAAGAAAUUGUGAGUGACGAAGAAGCUCUGAGUGAUGAAGAAAUUGUGAGUGAGGAAGAAGCUCUUAGUGAUGAGGAAAUUGUGAGUGAGGAAGAAGCUCUGAAUGAUGAGGAAAUUGUAAGUGAAGAAGAAGAAGAAGCUCUGAAUGAUGAAGAAAUUGUGGAUAAGCAAAAUGAAGAAUCUAAAGAAAAUAUCUCCGAUAGCGAGGACGAGGAUAGUGCUAAACCAAAAAUUACAACUCUUGAUCAGUCAAGCAAUGCAGAAACACCAAAGGAAUCUGUUUUAUCCGGCGCGCAGUCAUUUUAUUCGACUGAAGAUAAUAAUUUGAAAGAAGAAUCUUCUGAAGAAGAAGAAGAGGAGAUUGACCAAAGUAAGAAGAAGAAAAAACUUACGCCAGCAGAAAGAGCAGAAAUAGCAAAGAAAGAAGAAGAAAGGAUUUCCAAAAUAGAAAAUGAAUUAGCUGAUUCAACGAUUCCACCACAGAGCGCAGAACAGUUUGAUCGACUGUUACUAGCCAAUCCUAAUUCGUCGAAAUUAUGGUUGCAGUACAUGUCUAUGCAUAUCGCGACAACUGAAUUGGACAAGGCUAGAGCUGUAGGAAAACGCGCUCUGGAUACAAUAAAUAUGACGCUAGUUAAAGAGAAGUAUAAUGUUUGGAUCGCUUUACUUAAUCUAGAAAACAUGUACGGAACCAAGGAAUCGUUUGAUAAAACUUUCGAAGAGGCAGUUAGAUGUAACGACUCGUUGGAAAUAUAUUUGAACGUUAUACAAAUGCUUGCAACAUCUGGGAAGUUGCAAGAAAUGGAGGAAAAAAUUAAGAAAGUUAGGGCCAAGGAAAAACAAAACACUAAAAUGUGGUUGGAAAUAAGCCGAAUUUAUUAUUCUUUGGGGCAAUUCAAAGAGGCCCGAAAUGUGAAAGAAUCGGCAUUGAAGUCAAUUCUGGACAAAAAACGACAAUUUGAUCUCAUUGUGAAAUUCGGAAUAAUGGAAUUUCAGUUGGGUGAGUUAGAUCAAGCGGUUGCUAAUUUCGAAACAAUUUUGGAUACUUACCCAAGUAAGGUCAAUAUUUGGAUUAUUUACGUUGACCAGUUGGUACGAAAAAAGAACUUUGAGGCCGCAAGGAAAACUCUUGAAAGAGCCAUUAGUCAAAAGUUUGCCAUGAAGACUAUGAAAGUGCUGUUCCAAAAGUUCAUUAGUUUUGAAGAACAGUAUGGGAGUCCCGAAUCGGUAGAAGACAUCAAAAGUAAGGCAAAAGAAUAUCUUGCUUCGUUGGGUGUCAAAUGAUACAAAGUAUAAAAUAAUUAAGCAAUUUAAAUAUGAAAUAAACAGCAAUUCAUUUUAUAACUAA